UAGCGCGGGGCGGGGGACGCGCGCCGCUCCGCAGCUGUCAAAUCGAGUUAUUUCCCUCAGUUGCGAAUCGUGUUAAUUUUCCAAUUGAAAUUGGAGAAAAGCUUUUUCCUGAAUUAAUUGUGUUGCUUCACUAAUUAAUUAAAACCUUAAACGACGCUUACUCACGGAAUAUUCUCAUUUCGACCAUUCUCAUUCCUUUGCUAGACGUGCUAUUUUUGUUUUGUAGCCCAGUUACAGUAAAUAAUAUCUUUUUUUGUGUCGAAAUUAUUAAUGCAGUGUUUAUUUUUUUCAACAUCAACCGGAACGUUGCAAAAACUUUACGAAACCGUUUGAAUUGAUCGGCUCAAUUACAAGUGCAAACGGUUUUUGUGUCCUAAAUACUGUGCCAAAUAUUCAUGAUAAUUAGUUCACAAUUAUUCCGUAUUUGUAAAGAAUAUCCGUUCGUGUGCGCGAAAAAAUAUUUCAAAAGAGAAGAACGUGGACUUGAUUCUAAAGUUUAAUGUGAUUACUUAAAUGGACUAUAGUAAAGAGUGCUUCAACAUGAGAAGAAUGUUUGGUGUAUGCUCCGAUGGAUGGCUUCUUUGCGGUCAGAAUGUGAGCAGCUAUUAACUGGCUGUCACGUAAAUGUUGUCUGGCUCCCCCCACGGCUCGGUUAUGUCCUGUCAGUCGCUGGCGGCGAGAGCUUUCGCCGAGCCCGAGAAAGAACGCUGUGCAGUCGCCUUCCAUAGAUCAGUCCGGUUCAGUUCAGAGUCACGGAGCCCGAGGUCUAGUGAUCAAGAAUGCAAAAGGGAGACGCCAGGGUCAAUGUCUCUGACAGCGCUGUCUGUCAGUCCAGUGACACCCGGUUCAGCGAUGAGCCAAUCGGCGCCCCACGCUUCGGCCUUCGACUUUGACGAAUUGCCGGCUCCUUCGCCAACUUGCCGAUUUCCAAAGCUAGAGGAAUGUGCGCACUUUCACUAUGAGAGGGUCUCGCUUGGUGGGUUAAGUGUGGAGCUGGUGCCUUGUGAAGCUGUUGAGGGUCUGCCGCAAGAAGGCUGGGUCUGUCUCAAAGUCCGUUCGCACGUGAAUUCCACGUGCGACGAUUCAGUGGACAGCAGAACCCUCAGCGGCAGUUGGACUGAAGCCAGUGAUGUGAGGGAAUGGACUCUCACCAGGAACAAGGAGAACCUGUUGCAGUUGGAUGAGAUGUUGCACAGGUGUAUAUACGACAGAAAAGUCUCCGGUCUACCGAACCUUAAAGAGGCGAUGACAGCAGAGCUGAUGCAGGAUGAGUUGGAAUACCAACAGCUGAUAUCAGAUUAUGUUCACCACCUGUCUAUCAUUGCCGACGACUCCAUCAAUUGUGGUCCAGCUCUUAACUGGCUACAGAUGGAUAAUAAAGGCCACAAGCUCCUUGUGUCCAAUGAAGACUCAAAUUCAAUAAAUACACCCGCUGUGGCAGCUGCCUAUUCAGUCAGGAAAUAUGUCUCACAGGCCCGAGAUGAAAUAAGUUUUGAAGUGGGUGAUAUGAUCUCCAUUAUAGAUAUGCCUGGUCCCCAAGAAUCGACCUGGUGGCGUGGUAAGCGUGGUUUCCGGGUGGGUUUCUUCCCCCACCACUGUGUUGCUGUGAUUGGAGAUAAGGUGCCAAGACAUAUGACACAACCGCCGCCUAUCGUUGGGUCUGUAGCAGUGGCCCCAAUAAAACCGGUGCUCCGCAAACAUGGCAAAUUAAUAUCACUGUUCCGAAGCUUCAUCCUCUCCAGACCAUCGAGACGGAGCCUCAAGCAGCAAGGGAUUUUGAGGGAGAGGGUGUUUGGGUGCGAUUUGGGAGAACAUUUGUUGAAUUGCGGUCAUGAGGUGCCCCUGGUCCUAGUGGAAUGCUCGAGGGCGAUAGAGCGUCGCGGGGCAGUGGACGGCAUUUACCGUCUGUCGGGUGGGGCUGCGUUGACUCAGCGUCUACGCGCCGCUUUCGACGCGGGACAUCCCCCCGACCUGACCGCGCCUUUACAGCGGGAUCCGCAUGCCUUGGCUAGUUUAUUGAAGUGCUAUUUUCGUGAGUUACCAAACCCUCUAUGCACGUAUCAGUUGUACGAUAGUUUUGUGAGUGCGGUCCAAGUGCCAGAAGAACAGAGGUUGAAGGCCAUGAGAGAUACCGUUGUUAAACUACCGCCACCGCACUAUAGGACCCUAGCGUAUCUCAUGCGUCACCUUCGCCGUGUGUCAUUGUUGAGCGAGUCAACGGGAAUGACAGCUCGCAAUAUGGCGAUCGUUUGGGCGCCAAAUUUGCUGUCUUCGCCUAAACCCCAACACGCUUUGCAGGGAGUUGCCGUACAGGCCGUUGUCACCGAAUUCCUGAUCUGUUACGCAGAAGAUUUGUUUGCGCAAGAGCAGGGAGCUGACUCGGGUCCACAAUCUUUAGAACAGGAUCGCAUCGAAUGUCAAGUAGAGCUGCGAGGGUUAGAAGCAGGCAGAAGGCCUAAGAGCUUACCGUUGCAUCCACCAACUAAACUAUUGAGUCUGGAAGAAGCUCGGCGUCGCGGCCAAGUGUGUGUCGGCAGUGAGAUAAUCGAAUACCCUCCCCCUUCGGGUGCUAUCGCGGCGGCUGCAACCACUCACCUCAAACCAGCUGGUCAUUUGAAACCUAAAUAUAUUGAGGUUGGCUCCGGACCAAAUAAUCUACCCCAGUACCACACCGUAUUGGAUUUACCAGCUCCAGGUGCAAAGCGAGCUCUGAAGCGUUCGGUGUCAGGAUGGCGUGGCCUCUUCAGCAGGAGUAAGCUGCAUCGCCCUAGGCCCCACAGGCCACCGCCUGCCACGCCCCCUCCGCCUGAAAUUGUGGCAAUUACUCUUCGACCGGCGAAGUCUUGCGAGUCUUUAGUAUCAGAGAGCGAUACUUUGGCCCCUUUAGCGAUUAAAGCGGCCGCGCCCCUCAAACAUCACACUAGGUCGUCCUCCUGCGAUUCGUACUUUGAGCCGUGGCAGGCGGAGUUGGCGGGGAUGCGUUUACGCCUUUCGCCGCAGGAGAGGGACAGGCAUAUGUUCAGCGAGGAGGACGAUACGGGACAGCAAGCACAGGAUGAUUCGGCCUGUUCUUCGCCAGUGGAUUCGAAUCCCGGGAGUAACGAGCCAAGUCCAAGGAGGUUGUUGCGAGCUGAAGUACAUCCCACAGACACUUUGGAAAGAAAACGCGUGGCCCUCGACAACUUGGAGCAACAAGACAUGGGUUAUAUCGACGAGAGUGGAACCUGCAGCCCAUUGGCUGAGAAGAGACCGGCUUACAACCGACCACUAAGCCCAAGGAGGCAGGCUGUUGCUAAACGGGUGUGCAAAGACCGCGACAGUCCCCUGUCUUCUACUUCAGAUUUCCAGGCGACACUUUCAAAUGUCAAACUGAGAGAAAGAAAUUCGCCACGGAAACAAAAAAACUCAGCGCGCUACAGCGGCUUGCACGCCCCGGUUCUAAAUGACCCGGAUAAACCGAUCACUCGCCUCACUUGGCACGGAAAAGACGGGCAUUCCACUCUUAUAAAAAUAGACUGGCCGGCCGAAUCCUCUACCGGUAAUCUCACGACCAGUACCAUCAACUCUAGUCCCAUAACCCCAGUCACGCCAAACUAUGAUCCUCUGGAGAGUGACUCGGAAACCAGCGAUAACAAACACACGAUAAAAAUAACCAGCGACUGCGAUAACUGUGAUGAGGAAAAAUGUCUCAAAUGUGAACUCAAAGCGACCGAUUACGAAAAUAUGAAAGACAUACGAGAUUAUUCAGAUCAAACACACGAGAGUUUAGAAGCUAGUCCACUACAUUCGACAGAUAUAAGUUACCAGAAUCUCAAUAGGCUGUCGGCAGUGUCGACGUCAUCAAAUUCAGAGCAAAUAUCGAAGAAAGAGGAUCUGAUGAAAAUUAUGACUUCGUCGCAUGAGAGUUCGUCUAGCUAUUCGAAUGUUAGUUUAAAACACGACGAGUUGUACGAAUGCUACAACUAUACGAGGCCGAAUUAUAUAAAUUUACAAUCUUCUAGUACGUCUAAAAGCUCUCCGGGAAGCCCAUUAAAAAGUCCUCUUAAAUCUACCAUAAGUAUUACGUUCCGUUCGCCCACAAAGUCAAAGUCACCGGAUUACGAACCGAUUAUCAAUGACACUCCUACGAACGAAAGAGAUUCUGUAUAUGAAGAUGUAGAUUUAGAUAAAAAUCUGUCUAUAGUCGAAGAAGCAACCAUUCCACAGACUGAUGCAAGUUUGCCAACUCAGCAAGCGUGCCAACCUGAAGAUUUUACCCAGGACCUUAUUAUAUUAGAAACACCUACAGAAACUAAUCUAGACGAAAACGUAGAUGUCUAUAGUCAAGUUAAAUUCUUUAGAAAGAGCAUUGAAGAAGUCAAUGCUAUGAUAUUAGAAUCUCCGGAAAGAGAUAUUGAUUAUGAAAAUGUUAAUUUUAAUACAGAACGUGACUAUGAAAAUAUUAACGUUGAUACUCUAAAAAUCUGUGAUAAAGUAGAUAUAAGUGAAAAGGAAAAUGAAUCUAUCGAACUUGAAAACGGUAAUGUGAUAAAACCGAAAGUCUCAACAAAUUUAAAUGUUCGUGAAUUAGCCAUACGUUUCGAAAGUCCUACGGAACAAAAGGUUCCGUUUUCUUUUGAUAAAUUCAAAACUGAAGUUAAGUUCUCUGCUGAGAACUCAUCGGAAAAGGAUACACCAGAAAUAUCUAAAGAGAAGAAUAGAGACGCAACCGUAAAAUUACCGCCUCCAGUUUCGCCGAAAACUUACAAAUUAUCCAAAAACUCGUGCAACGCUCGAUCUUUGGAUGAAAAUGCCUUUAUCAAAGAAUUUGGUACUGAUAAAGAUAGACGGAAGAGUUUAGAAGUACGCGAUGUUAAAAGGACGUCUAAAUUCCUCCCAGAUUUGAACCUUAAUACCGAAGAGCCUGAGCCAAAAAUCGAUAGCAUAACACCCACAACUGAAAACAAAAUAUCUCUAGUUCAAAGGUUCGACGUGAAACCUGAUAUAAAGAACUUAAUAGGCUUCGAAACUGAGAAGAAAUUGAGCAGAGAGAGAAUAGAGAAGUAUAAGGAAGAACGAAGGAAUUUCUUGCGGGAAAAGUAUAGUUCACAAUCGUUUAGAAGUAAUCCAGAACAAUUGACGCGGAUCAAAUUAAAAAAGGAAGAUGAGAAAAUUGAAAAUUGUGAAAGAUUAAAAGAAGCUAAAUUCGAAAGAAGGAAUACAGUUGAUUUAGGCCAACGAAUGAGGUUUUCUUUGGCUAGAAGUGCUAAUGCUUUAGAUACUAUCCCGUCGCCUUUGAGUCCCGUUCAGGACUUUAACGGGGAAGCCAGUCGAAGCAGGGACGAUAGGAAAGAGAAAACAUCACCGUCAUACAACAUACGAGAUAUGGCGGCGUUGUUCGAACAGAAGUCACAGAGCAGCACAAACGCCGGUUGACAGUUAAAUAAAGACGGUAACGGAAACGCGAAUAACGUGACAAAAACACCGUCGAUUUCAAGCUAGGUAAAAACGCUAAUUGUGAAAUAUUAUGAUUUGUUAUACCGUGAUCUAUUUGGAUGACGUCGUUAUUUUAAUUUUCGUAAAUUGUGAUUUGUUGUGUAUACAGAAAUGUAGCUUUGCCUGGCUUCGAUCACGUGAUCACAGAUUUCAAUUCAAUUGUCCAAAAAAAAUCUUUGGUUUCAAGUGCAUUUAAAACUUAUGUAACGAUUCGAGUGCUUAUCCAAGAUCGCGAUUGAAUGUGAAAUUUUAAUUCAAAUCCCGUUUAUAAUACGUGUUAUUAAAUUGUUGAUGACAAUAUCCAGUACGUAAGGUGUUCAGAAUAUCGAUUUCUGAAUAGUUCGUAUCAGGCUUGAGUAAAUGUCACGUGAUAUUUAAUCAGUCUCUAUCAUGAGUUUGACGGAGUUUUAAACAGUAUUGUCAAAUUUUUUGAUGUUUGGUAAAAUAGAAAUGUCGCAGCUAAAUAGCUUAAUAAGCCGUUCAAUCAAGAGGCUAGGCUCUUUACAAAACAGCGCCGUUUAACUAGCGGCAUUUGUUAAUAGGUGUCUGACAUUUAAAAAAAAAUUAAAAUGUAACAUAUUACUUUGGAAAUCAUGAUGGCGCCAUAUUGAUCGGGAAAGUUUCGCCGCUAGAUAGAUGCUAUAGUCGACGCAUUGAACUGAUUGAACAGGCUUCGGGUCAUAAAUUAUGUUUAUCUGUCUCGCUCGCACAGGUCUUAUGGAAGGGUGUAGUAAUGUGCGUAAGACUUGAAGAGGUGUAUAUCGAUAAUGGGAUAGGUACGAUCGAUAAGCUAAAUUUUGUUUAAGAGGAUUUUUUUGCGUAUUGCGUAACGAAGCGCACAUGUAAAUUGUCAUAACAAAGAUCUUAUAUUUAUAGAAAAGCAACAAUCAUUACUUGUAACGAGUAAUCAGGGUUCAAUUUGCGUGCUAAGUAUCGAUAACGGCUACUAAUACUGACCGGCUAAUUAAGAGUCAUAAAUUUGACAUAUUUAAGUUUUUAACUUGGUCAAAGUCAUCAUAGAACUGUAUCAGUCUUGAACUUGUCUGUGAGAAGUUAUGAAUAAAUGAAAUCGACGUUGAUUAGUUAAACAAAUACACACUUAAUUGCGUUUUUUUCUGACUACCCUCAAUAUGAUUUCUCAUUGUUAUUUUAAUGCAACGGUCUAUGAUGCUUUGCGUAGCUUUCGAUAUUUAUGAAAAGUUUAGAUAGAAAUAUUAAUGGGAACAGUUUAACUAUUAAAUUCGUAAAACAUAGGCCUAGUGUCCUAACCUAAACGAAAUUAAUAAAAUAAAAUGUUACAGUCAUAUGGAAAUAGUCAUGAUUGUACCUUUAAAAUCAAAAAAAUAAUUCAUCAGAAAUGAGAAAACUAAACAUCAAUUUUUCAUUGAAUCUUUUGUGUUUCUCGUAUACAAAUGAAAGCUAAAGAAAUUAGAAAAUAAGUUUUUGAUAAGCUUUGAAAGUAUUUACUAAAGUUUGGUAAAAUAAUUACCGCAAUUGCUUAUGUACCCUCGUUUUAUGUUCUUUAAUAAUUAAACUGUGGUCUCAAAUUUUGUUCGUGAAAAAAUUGUUGAUUUUUUUAUUUAUUUAGUAAUUAAUCGCUUUUGUAUAAAACAUGUUCGCACCUGUAUUAAUAGUUGAAUUUGAAUCGCCGAGUUUUAAGCACGAUCAUCACAAUAUAAUAAGUUAUUGUUAAUAAUUUUCUAUGUUUUUUUUACAUGAUUGUUGCCAUAUAUAAUGACAAAAUGCAUUUACUAUUUUUAUAUAUCGUAGGUACGAGUUAUAUUUUACUUAUAUCAGAUUCAAUAAAAAAAUCCAUCUUCAGAGAAUGUCUUAAACGAAAUUAUCUAGAAGUUUUUUAAAUUAUGAUUGUUCAAAUUGUGGCCUCUUUUAAUAUAUUAAUAUUAUUAGGUAUAUCUGUACACCAGGCAUGAUGGAAACAAUGCUAACAUUAUCACAUCUCUAUGACAGCGUGUUAUACAUGGUUAAUAGCUUUUGUUACACCUUCCCCCUCGAGGGGGGUGUUUAUGUCCCCCCCCUCUUAGUAAGUUUACAGUGCGGUACGGAGGCUGGCUAUUUAACACUCUGUAUGAAUACUGCCUUAUAUAAUAUAAUGUCAAAUCAAUUAGGCCUAUGAAAAGGCAUUUUUGAAAGUCAUAUUUACAAGUAAAAAAUAUUAAAAAUAAAUUACUAGUUGACUACCCUUCCAAGGGUAGGUAAGGUUUCAUAUGGAGAGGAAACUCCUCCUUAAUUAAUAAUUUAUAACUCGUACGAUAAAUUCAGUAAAAUAGCAGACAAUAAUACGAAUUGAUUAUUAACUUUAGCAUAUACAGUUUAAUAUUUAGAUUUAUCCCCUUGUGACGAGUGAUUUUUGACAAUUUUAUGUGUGUACAGCGAAAGAACGUGAACUAAAUAUAUUGUUACCAUGGCUACCUAUGUAUAUUUAGUUCAGUAUAUGUAGUCCACGUUUUAUUAAGGCCGAAACUUGUCUUGGUAAGGAUUUAGAAUUACGUCGCCCGAAUUGGGGGUUGCGAGUGGGAGGGGAGUGGAGUAGGAGGGGUAGGGUUGACUGAAUUGAUGUUGUCAUAAAUGCGGUCUCAACUUAACCAAGAUCUAGUUUACAUGUAGAUAAAUAUUAAUGUAACAGUUAACAUGUAGUUAACAGUGCUAUACCAUAAUUACAUCGACUGUAAAAUAUAGUCAAGUUUCCAAAAAAUACAAAUAAAAUAAACGCAGAAGCACAUUCAUGUAAGCUUGAAAGUAACGGAUUGAAUCUGUCAGUUUUUUUCCGUCAAAAUCUACAUUGAUUAUAACGGUUUGCGUUUCGUUUCACAUGCUUUGACAUACACGUCGUUUGAAAAAUUAUGAAAAUUAAGAGAAAAGUAUAAAAUUUAACGAAUUUCAAUACAAUACACAAAAUUAUAUUUCAUUUUUUAUAUUUAGACGCAACUCCGGCAGAGAAAAUACUUGGAGGGCUUCCAAUUAAGGUUCCCCGAGAUACCUACAUAAUCGGUAUCAUCAAAUUCAGGCGACAUAUUUCUAAAUCCAACCCAAAUCACUCGUGUUUCUUCAGACUGUGACUUUGCCAAAUAUCUUGUAGCCAUAUUCUAGCUAAUGUCUAUGAUUUGUCAUAGACAAUAGUGUCCUUGUAAAACGUUGCCGUUCUCGCUUCUAGCGAGGCAGUAAUACUUUACGUACACGAAUCGUGAAGCCUCAAAUCAAUUUUGAAGCAAAUAAGUUUUUAAUAGUAGGAAAAUGUUGAUUUACGAGUAAAAAAAUCUAUAAUCAAAAGCAUUUAGGGCACAAAAAUAUACACUUGACAUUACAUUUCUACAUUGACGAUAAUGGGUCACGCCGUGAUUGUGAUUGGUCAAUUACUAUCAAGGGAUAAGUCAGUCCUUACCAACCCGCUGAGACCGAAUAGGGCGUUAGUCAUUAACAUUUGUUGUCAUGUAUAAAAAGAAUGGUUACCAUGGUAACAAUAAAACAACAUUUUAUAUGCUGUUAAUGUUUUAAAAUUGUUUUGAGGCUUCACGAUAGACCUUUGAACCAAUUGUAAAACUAAGGAACCCUUAUUGUAUCCAUUUUGACAAAUUUGUAUGAUAAGUAUUUUUCAUAAGCGAAAAUCGUAUUUGAUACAUGUUAUGGCAGCUAAUACUCAUUUAGUUUUUAUAAUUGCACUUUUAACUUAAAUAUGUUUACCCCUAGUGUAAGUUAAUUUAUGUAUGUUAUCUGUUUUAAAUAAUGACAACUAAGCAAUAGCAAAUGUAAUUCUUUAAUAAUUGUGUUUUUUUCUUAUUUAUCCAAAUGCGUGAAUCAAAUUAGGGAAUUACUUAACCUGGGUUGUUUAUUGAAACUAGGGGUUUAUUGGUGCAUAUAACAAAUACGGUUUGUAAUUAAGAAUUAAUAUGAGCUUUAAGCUUCGGGAGGGAGCGAUGCUGGAGUAUUGUAAAAUAUUGUAAUUUCAGUUGAAUCUGGCUUGUAAUGUAGUGUAGGUGAUAAAUUCAUUAUACACAAUAAACGUUAUUGCUAUA